AUGGCGGAUGAAGAUCUGCUCGACAAGGUUCACAGCUUGAGCGACCUGGAGCUGGCCGUCUUGCUGUGUCUCAUCAAUCGCGAGCACGUCCUGAUUAGCACUCCACCAGCUGCCAUUGAUGACCUGGUGCAAGAGCUCCAACUGGUAGCGCGCAAGACAUUCAGCCUCCAACCCGUCGUCGUCGACUGCCAUCCGUCCACAACGCUCGAAGACUUCGCCUCAGCUCUGCUCCUCCAACCGCAACAGCCUCCUCCCCUUAACACUCCCGGCCGUUCCGUCUCGCCCUUUGCCCGGACAACAGAUUCAUAUUUCGCUCUCAGCUCGCACUCGCACUCGAAUAAUCGAACUUCCGUGCCGCUGUCCCCCCUGACCUCCCUCCCUUCUCCUCAGAUCGCCCACUUUGUCAUCGCCAAGAACCUCGAUCGCGCCCCGCGAGUCGUCCAGAUCCAGGCCCUCGAACUACUGCGCACAAGACGCAUCUUCACGCGCACGUCGGUACAGGCCGCGCCGAAGCAAUUCGUCUUCAUACCCGUCGUAGGGGCCGCAAGCGGUGGCGAGGCGCACGUCACGCCGCACCUUAAUGACUUCUUCUCGAUUGCCCAUUGGCACAAUCCAGACGAUGGGUACGUGAACUUGGAUGAAUCCGAAGGCCGGAACAGCGACCUGGAUGAUGAGACGGCGUCUACGGAGAGCGUUGUAAAGAAGGCCGCGGACGCCUCAACGCCGUCAACGGCUUUGAUAUCAGACAUAGAAAUCAGUCAACUCGCAAAGUUGAGCCAGGAAGUUCAAAUCGAUGUGGACAUACUCCGAUACCAGAUGAAUAUUGUCUCCUUCCUCCGGAUGCACCGAGCCGUCGAUGGCGGCAUCACACCCGCAGCGACCAAGCAUCUCCACCAGCUCGUCAAGAGUCUUGCUCCUUUACACAAACUUGAUUAUGUGACGCCUGCUCUAAUUGGACUAGCCGUGAGGAAAGUCUAUCUCCACCGAAUUCGCAUCACCGAACCAGAAAAGGAGAGGAGUAUGCAAUGGGGGAGCCAGCUAGAAGCUGUGGAAGCUCUGUUAGAAGGCGUCGGGCCCGAGGAAGUGGUGGAGGAGGUUUUGGAAAUGGUAACUGCGCCUCUUUAA